AUGCAGCUCAGACCCCCACCGGCGGAUCAUCCAAUGGUUGUCGUUAUUGACGGUCUCGACGAAUGCGAGAAGGAUGCAUUCGAGACAUUUGCCAACACCCUUCGAAAGGAGGUUCCCCAAUUACCGCGUUCUGUGAAAUUCUUCGUCACAUCAAGACAUUUUGAUCUUGUCCAACGUUACCUCUCACCCUCAGUCGCCUCACUAUUAACCUCCUGGAUGAAGGACUGUGCCUCAUUUGUUCGUUCACAGCUGAAUGAAUUGGAGACGCAUCCAACCUUAGUAUACGACGUCGAUGAAGAGCUCUUGGCUCAACAGAUUACCGCUCGCUCCAAUGGACCCUUUGGAUGGAUCAGCACCGUGUUCAUCUUCCUCAAAACAAAGGGGAAGUCUCCGAUGACUACACUGAGAAAACUAGUUGACAUGAGUUCUGAUCCUGGCAGAAUCCCGGCUGAGCGGAUGAUGGAUAGACUGUAUGCGUCAAUCUUAGAGAAAUGUGACUGGGAAGAUGAUGAUUUGGUGCAUGAUUACCCAAUCGUGAUGGGGGCCCUCUUGGCUGCUUCACGGCCGCUGUCUGUUACGGCGUGGGACAUCAUUCUAUCAACUCUCCUAUUCAAACUACCCUCGCUGAACUUAGCCCACUCCUUUUGGGAACUCAAGAACCUCACACGCCGAUUCGCAUUUUGCAUCAGUCAUUCCGCGACUUCGUCAUGGAUUGUUCUGAGUCACGAUCAUCCACUUUUCAGCAACAUGUGA